CGAUUAAUUCAUAUCUUUUUUGUAGGGUUUAUUUGUCUUCUUCUUCUUAUUAUUUUUUACUGAUCCAUUACUGCAGCUGGAUCCUUCGUCAUCUUCUUCUUCUUCUUCUUCGGCCGACGCGUUCUUGGCCGUCUGAUUUCUUGACGAGACUUAAUUCCUAUCCAGACGCUGGCUCUCUCAUUUUCCUCUUGAUUUUCUGUUUGAGCGCUCUGGGUGUUUGGAAUUUGGAUCGUUUUUUAGGGUUUUGUUUUUGGACCUGAAUGUGGGCGGGAUUCUGAUCGGUUGAGAGCUUGUGUGUUCUUCUUUUCUCUUUUCUGGUGCCAGAUAGAUCCGUUGGAGAGAGGGAUUCUGUUUGCGUUCUUGAUUUUGUGUGGGAGAGCCGAGAAUGUCUGGACCCUUGGAUCGAUUCGCCCGCCCAUGCUUUGAAGGGUUCUCUGGUAGUGAAGAAAGAAGAGAAAGGAAAUCUGAUUUUGAAAACUCGGAGGAUGAAAGGAGAACUAGAAUUGGGUCUCUAAAGAAGAAAGCACUAAAUGCAUCUACCAAAUUUAAACAUUCCCUCAAGAAGAAGAGCAGCAGGAGAAAAAGUGAUGGUCGUGUCAGCUCGGUUUCUAUUGAGGAUGUUAGGGAUGUUGAGGAGUUGCAGGCUGUUGAUGCAUUUCGUCAAGCAUUGAUAAUGGAUGAAAUACUGCCAGACAAACAUGAUGAUUAUCACAUGAUGUUAAGGUUUUUAAAAGCUAGGAAAUUUGACAUUGAAAAAGCUAAGCAUAUGUGGGCUGAUAUGCUUCAGUGGAGGAAGGAAUUUGGUGCUGACACAAUAGGUGAAGACUUUGAAUUCAAAGAGAAAAAUGAAGUUCUAAGGUACUAUCCUCACGGUUAUCAUGGUGUGGAUAAGGAAGGAAGACCCAUUUACAUUGAAAGGUUGGGAAAAGUGGAUCCAAACAAACUUAUGCAAGUGACAACUAUGGAUCGAUAUAUAAAGUACCACGUGCAAGAGUUUGAGAAAAGUUUUGCAAUCAAGUUUCCAGCCUGUUCUAUUGCUGCAAAGAGGCACAUUGAUUCAAGCACCACAAUCUUAGAUGUCCAAGGCGUGGGCCUCAAGAAUUUCACCAAAUCUGCCAGGGAACUAAUAAUGCGGCUGCAGAAGGUUGAUGGUGACAAUUACCCAGAAACUCUCUCCCAAAUGUACAUUAUCAAUGCUGGUCCUGGAUUCCGGAUGCUAUGGAACACUGUGAAGUCUUUUCUUGACCCCCGAACAACAUCCAAAAUUCACGUUCUUGGAAAUAAAUACCAAAACAAAUUACUUGAAAUAAUUGAUGCCAGUGAGUUACCAGAAUUUCUGGGAGGAAGUUGUACUUGCGCAGAUCUGGGAGGAUGUAUUCGUUCAGACAAGGGGCCAUGGAGAAACCCAGAAAUUUUGAAGAUGAUUCUUAAUGGCGAGGCAAGACGUGCCAGACAGGUUGUAAAAGUUCUAAAUAGUGAAGGGAAGGUUGUUGCAUAUGCAAAGCCACGAUACCCAAUGGUGAAAGGUAGUGAUACGUCCACUGCAGAGUCAGGAUCUGAAGCCGAAGACAUUGCUUCUCCAAAAGCAAUGAAGAGCUAUUCUCAUCUUCGUUUGACUCCUGUUCGGGAAGAAGCUAGAGUUGGCGGGAAAGGAGGUUUUGCCGCUAACUUCUCUGGGUAUGAUGAAUAUGUUCCCAUGGUUGACAAAGCUGUUGAUGCUGAAUGGAAGAAGCAAGUUUCACUCCAACGACCUAGCACCUCUAGAGGAGCUCUUCCACUGCCUAACACUGAAAAAGCACCUGAAGCACUUUGUGCUCGAAUGUUGAUGGUAUUCAUGGGCUUUUUCAUAGCCAUCUUGGCUUUCUUCCGUUCAAUGGCUUGCCAGAUAAGUGGGAAGAAAUUGACUAAUGUUAGUCAACACACUCCAGAACAACUGUCCCUUGAUAAAAUGGCCAUGGAGCAGAAUCGCUCCCCUUCAUCAAUUCCGAAAUUUACAGAAGCAGAACUCCUCUCUAAUCUAACGAAGAGGCUGGGUGAGCUGGAGGAGAAGGUCGAUACACUCCAAUCGAAACCAUCCCAGAUGCCAUAUGAGAAAGAGGAACUAUUGAAUGCUGCUGUCUGCCGCGUGGAUGCCUUGGAAGCUGAGCUGAUUGCUACCAAGAAGGCUUUGCAUGAUGCGUUGAUGAGGCAAGAAGAACUGCUUGCUUACAUCGAUAGCCAAGAGGAAGCAAAGUUGCGGAAGAAGAGAUUCUGCUGGUAAUAUGUGGCUUGGUCUCGGGAUAAGAGGAGAAUGCGCUAAGCGCAGCUGGGUCUCGUGUAUCAGCUAUGACUUGGGAUUUGAAGGUGGUGGUGCGCUGCUCGUCAUUGAUCUGACUGACUUUAUAUUUCAAUGAUGUGAUUAUCUCUCCGAUGAGGAGGAAAACGCACAUAUGCGCAUACUUUGUGUGAUUACAUGUGAAGUUUUCAUGUUUCGAAAGAAUAUAUAUUUAUUCAGUAAGUUUUUUGUUGUGUGUUUUUCACCUUCAUCGAAAUGAAUUGGAAACGCCACAGUUAAUAUAUCUCUGCAUGUCGUA